GCAACGUUGGGCAGAGAAGCCCGCACUCCGUACACCUAUGGCGACCUGCUGCCGUUUCUGCGCCUCACCCUGAGCCGUUGACAUGCCGCGCAGCGACGUGCUGCGGGUUGUGGUGCACACAGUCGGGCGUACCAGGGAGAGGGGCUGGGAGACCCUGGCCGCCUCCGAGUAUGCCACGCGCCUGGAGCGCGGUCGGCCUGUAGUCCGGGCGCGCACGUCCUUCCACCCGACUGGUGACGCCUUGUCACGGGCGGUGCAGGAGCUGAUCGCUCCAGUGGUGGCCCGGGCCUUUUUUCGGUAUGGAGCUCACCACGAAGGGCCAGGUCUUGCUUCACAGGUCCUCCACGAAGACGGGGAGCAGAUGGGCAGCGCAGACUUCGCGGCGAUGCUCUGGGAGCUGCACGGGAAGUUCGACCGCGUCUCCUUCGUCAUAGGUGGAGCUGACGGCCUUCCACCGGAGCUCAUGCCGGCAGACGGCUCGACCUUUCGGCACAUCUCCCUGAGCCGGAUGACCUUUCCCCACCGCCUGGCGCGGGUGUUGCUGCUGGAGCAGGUCUUCCGCGCCCGUGAGAUCUGGGCCGCAUCCCACUACCCCAAGUAGGGCGACUCGCGCGUGGUGGUGCUGGUGGUGACGCAGUGCAAAGCCAAAGCAACCGGAGGGGAUGCGGUCCAAAAACGCACAACUGUUGGCAUGAGAAUGCCGCAGGCGUGAACCCAACUGGCGCGGAUGUGGGGCGGGGCCAUCCCAGGCGAGCAGUGGGAAGAGCCUUUGAUCGUUGGACGUGGAGAAAGGUGA